CCCGCCGUUGCGUCCGCCGGGACGUUGCUGGCCCCGUGGCAAGGGGGGGAGGAGUGAGGGACUCCACUGGCUGUGACGUGUGUUGCCAUGGUGACGCCCGGCCAGCGUCUCACUCAGUGUGGAGCGGCUGGGGGACGACAACAAACAUGGCGGAGAGGAGCAAGACGGCAGAGCCGGGUAGUGACUUAGGAAGUGAUGAUAUCAUAGCAGGGAAUGUAAGCAAAUACACCGUUCUCCCAGCUGGUUACUAUGGACAGCCUAAAAAAGGACAUCUUAUAUUUGAUGCCUUUUUUGAAAGUGGUAACCUUGGACGUGUGGAUCACAUCACAGAGUUUGAGUAUGACCUGUUCAUUAGGCCGGAUACCUGUAACCCACGCUUUCGAGUCUGGUUCAACUUCACUGUUGAAAAUGUGAAAGAGUCACAGAGAGUAAUUUUCAACAUUGUCAACUUCAGUAAAACAAAGAGUCUCUAUCGUGAUGGAAUGACUCCUAUGGUGAAAUCCACAAGCAGACCAAAAUGGCAAAGGCUGCCACCUAAAAAUGUAUAUUACUAUCGCUGCCCAGACCACAGAAAGAACUAUGUCAUGUCAUUUGCUUUCUGCUUUGACCGGGAGGAUGACAUUUACCAAUUUGCCUACUGCUAUCCGUACACAUAUACUCGGCUCCGACACUAUCUCGACAACUUACAAAGGAGGAACAUGGACUACUUUUACAGAGAAUUGCUGGGACUCAGUGUG